GGAUCCCGUCACCCAACAACUGCAGCUGUUCUUCGGUAUUCUUCAGCUUCUACUUGAUGUCUUCCUUCAGACCCGGGAUGGAUUUCUGUAAGAGGGAAACCUGCUGAUGAGGAAUGAACCUAAACGGACUAUCCGCCAUUGUGUCCAAAUCUGUCGCGUCGUCGAUGAGAAACUAACAUGGAGGAAACCAGCAGCAGCAGUAGUAGUGAGGACUCCUGCUCCAGUACUUCUGAAUAUAGCGGCACAGAGAAGCAGGGAGAGUCCAGCAACACAGACAAUGUGAAACAACCAGCUGCAGAACCGUCUCAAACUGCAUCAGACCACGGGAACUCUGAGCCUGAACAGUCAGACAAAGAAGACGACGACGGCAAAAGCAAUGCAAAUGAGGAAGUCACCUCACCUCCAUCAGACAAGCCCAACAAGGUUGAACAACCAACGCCUUCAAAGAAAACAUACAAAUGCAAAGAGUGUGACUUUGUUGGAAUAUCCAUGUACAGAAUCCGGAUGCACAUGGUGGACAAACAUUGGGAACAACAAUACCCCUUUGUCUGUACCCAAUGUGACUACCGCUGCGUUUUAAUGAGGGACUUCCUAAACCACCAAAUAACUCACACGAAAGAGAAGCCCUUACAGUGCUUUAAGUGUGAUUUCUGCACCAAGUAUAAGACCAGCUUACAGAGGCACAUGACAGACCAUUUCAGUAAGCGGGUUUUUACCUGUGGGGUCUGUGGCUACCGUGCGUUGUACACACUGGUGGCCACACACAUGCAGACUCAUAUUGAGAAUGAGGAUAUGUUAAAAUGCAAAGAUUGCAACUUUGUAACAGCUGAAAAGAGUGAGCUGGAAGAGCACUUUAAAAGGGAAGGACAUGGGAAAUCUGUAAGUCUGCCCGAGAAACUAUUCAUCUGUGAGAUUUGUGGCUUCCAGACGGCUAGCAGGCAAUACCUGAGCAGGCACAGACGUGAGAUUCACAACAAACAAAAUAGGGAGAAACGAGAAAAAAAGUUCCUCUGCGAGACGUGUGCUUUCAGUACGCACUCAAAAUCAGAACUAACAGUCCAUAAGAGAACUCACACCGGUGAGAAGCCCUACAUGUGCGACCAGUGCGGGUACGCGUGUACCAAUAAGAGAUUGCUAAGGCAACACAUGUACAAGCAUACCGGCGAAUACCCACACGUCUGCGAACACUGCGGAUACAAGACUACAAAAAAGCUCGAACUGACCAACCAUAUGAGAAAACACACCGGAGAGAAGCCUUUCAAAUGUAACAUGUGCGAUUUUACAGCCACCUUUAAGACAGGCCUUAGGCAACACAUGGUUAAACACACAGGUGAGAAGACGUAUGCGUGUGACAAGUGUUCCUACAGAACUGCAUACAAGUAUAACCUGGCAGGGCACAUGAAAGUUCACACUGGGGUAAAGCCUUACGCAUGUAACCACUGCAGUUAUGCAGCAGCUCACAAGGGGAGCCUUGUACACCAUAUUUCUGCACACCAUAGUGGUAAGAAAGGGAAAAAUUCUUCCCAAGGAGCUAGAAGCUCUAGGAAGAAGAAAGGCAGAAAAUCAUCUCCGGAAAAUGAAGAAGCUAGCUCUUUGACCACAAGCGAGAUGGAAGGUACAGAAGGUAAUGAUGAGAGUGACUGGUACAGUCAAUAUUAUGGAGGCUUCCAACCUUUGAAUUUAUAACUGAUAUGUCAGUGUGAGGCCUCAGUUCUAGAGAUGGAUACAUGUAUAUCAACAGGCUUGUAAUAAUAUCUUUGUUUGAAUACAGAAGAGAUCAGUGAUAUUUAGUCAUGUCUUAACUUUAACCGGACGGUACAUGUAGGUUUAUAUCCAUUUCCCAAUAGAACUUUUAUUUGUGUUUACUUAUGUCAUUAUAGCUGUAUAGAUGACCUUAGAUUUUGUGUUGAUUUGAUAGACCCAAAUACAGAAACUUUGACACCACAACAGUUUGAUGUCUGCCCAUUGGGAAGCAAUGAAGGCAAAUCUGAGUGAUAGCAUUGACUGAAGGUACAAGAUGACUUUGUUGCAUUUGCCAAUAAUUAGCCUGUGUUAUAUAAUUUCCUUUUUUUUUAAUGGCUUAUUUGACCUCAUUCCUGAAGGUUUGUAACCUGGCCUCUAAGUCAAGAGAGCCACUACCUUUCCUGGAGUCGUCAACUGGCCCAUGUUAGCACACGUAUGCAAAUUUACACACACAAAUCCCAAUUUUCAUUUUUCACAAGAGGUGUUGGUUAUCAGGCUUCUACCUGAAGCUUAGUUUAAUCAGGUAACAUUUUGAUGAUUUCUUUGUUGAUAGUUGCUGCUGUGUGCCAGAUAUUUUUUGCUUUAUCAUUUUUGUUUAACGUUUAAAACAAGGACGUUAUAUGAGACGUUAUAUAACACGUUAUAUUGCAUUUGUAAAUGCAAUGCAUCUAAGCAAGGAAGUUAUAUAACGUCCUUGAUCUAAGACAUGGCCAAUAGACAAAUCAGUGCUACAAUCCUUAUUAAGUAUGUAAUGUAAUCUUUCAUGUUGUUUGGCACAAGCCCUGUAUAGGUGAAUAAAAUAUGCAAUACCAAUGAAAGUUUAUUCUACAUUUUGUGGUUGCUUGCAUGCUUGCUUACUUACUUAGUGAUAUUGGGCUAAAUGAUUAUUCAGAACCCUAUGCAUGUCAAUGUUAAGUUUUAAUGCAUACUUUUCAGUCUUGGAAAUAUACCUACAUGUAGUGUGACUCUUACUGCCAUACCAGGGCCUCAUUCAAAUGCCCACUUGGAAU